AUGUCGACCGCAUCGCUUCAACCAGCAUCCUCCUCGCCUUCGCCUGACUCCCCCAACGCCGCCGACCACGCGCAACCGGUGCGUAGCUCCUCGACCUACUCCACGACCCCCAAUACCCCCCCAGACGAAGGACUUCCGACCCUGGCAGACGUGUUUCGCCAUCCAGUUUCUUUGAUGGUGGAGGUGGACGCGCGGGGAGGAUCCCCAAGCAUGAUGGAAACUUCCGGUCGAGGCGGCGGUAUUAACCACCACAUCCACAGGGAACCUGCUCAUGCCCAACCGUAUGAUUCCGCAGUCGAUACCAGCCUGCUUUUGUCCGGCGACUAUGACUACCAGGAACGGGUCGACGAUCAGACGUUUAUAAGAGAAAAGGAAAUGCGACGGAGGUUGAUGGACAUGGAAUCCAGCUUUCUGCCAGAACCCUCGACGAUCGAAGCCGCAGCGGCGAAUCGGACCCUUGGUGCGGAUGAUACCUACUUGCUGGGGUUACCUGGAGAUACGGCUCCAAUCCCUGCAAGGAUAGAACAUACUCAGAUAUCUUUUGUGGCGCCCGAUGAUUCUAGUCAUGAUAUUACGGCGGCUGGGGAUGGUGUUCCCAUCCCUCAGACGCCUACCCAGGGACCCAGACAGGACGCAGCGGUGGAUUUGGACGCGACCCCCGCUGCUUCUCUAGAGCGACCCGGCGAUCAUACUACGCUACUUGAAGCUAUGCCAUCAUCCCCCUCGGCGGCUGCCGCAGCGAGAUCGAUUUCCCGGAACCAAUCUAGGUCAUCCCAGCAUGCUCACCACACAAGCCAAAUUACCUUAAGCGAGUCUUUCGAUCGAUCCCCAAUUCCGGAUGCAGACUUCUCACUGCAGUCGACCCAUCAUAAAGUUCGCAGCAUGUCACGCAGUCUGUCGCCUGGAGCUCCAAGGCUGUUCCAGGACAACGGCGCGAAUGAUAUAGAGGGCGCCUCCCGCACGAGCAGUCGAAGGAGUAAUCGACCAAAAUAUUUGACUAGUCGCCAAUCAGCCCAUCGUCUGUCGUAUUCCUCGGUGACGAGCGCUGGGACGGAAGUUACAAAUAGCGAUGCGACGCUGGGCGCCGAUUAUGCCCUUCAGUCAGGGGGGGCCGCGCCAGGCAAUCCUAGUACGGCCCAUGCCGGUCAACGUAACACUUUGGCUCGAUCGGUCAGCUUGGGGAGCAUGGCAUCGGGCAUCUCGGGAUACAGUGAUGAGAACAUAUUCGAGCGGAAGAAUCCUAGCGUGGCUACAGAAGGAGGCCUACAGACCUUGGAUGAAGAAGAGGGUCCAUCGCAGUCACGUCCUGGGUCAUCAUACCAGUGGCAGCAACCCCAGCAACAGCCCGAGCAACUCCCCCAACAGCAAUCCAUUCCCGACGACGUUUCCGGGCCGAUGACGCCAAGGGCGAAACCCCAAGAUCACAGCUUUCCGACGGAUACGGCCAUCGCGGAACGUGUCAAGGACGUCCAGGUGCCCAGCACCUUCAUGAAGCAGUUCCGGGAGGAUUAUGGCGGCCGUGGAUUAUCGCCGGACAAGCGUACGAGCGCCACGCCGGCCUUUGCCAAGAGCGGCCGUACCAUGACGCUGAAGGAACAGAGCAGCACCAUCGACCGUCUCUCCAAGGAGAACUUUGAUCUCAAGAUGCGGAUCCACUUUCUCAACGAAGCCUUGAAUCGACGCUCCGAAGAGGGCAUCAAGGAGAUGAUCUCCGAGAACGUGGAGCUGAAAUCCGACAAGCUGAAGCUGCAGAAGGAUAGUCAAAGUCUGAAGCGCAAGAUUCGCGAUCUCGAGAAACAGCUCAAAGACCAGCAGUCCGACAAGGAAUCCAUGCUGAACCAUGAUCCCGAAGGGUCUGACGAGGAGGACCGCGACCCGGCACAGGACGAGGAGAUCCUCUUCUUGCGUGAGCGAGUGGAGACGUACGAAUUGGAAAUUGAGCGCCUCCGAUCGGAAAGUAUCGCCCGCGAGAGUGAGAAGCGCCGGCUGGCCGAGAUGGUGAAAUCCCUCAGCGACGGACGACCGAUGGGAUCCGAUGUGGGGGCCCGGGAGGAGAGGGAUAUGUGGAAGGACAUGCUGGAGGCCGAGACUGCGGCUCGGGAGCAGGCCGAGGAGGAAAACAAGCGCCUGCGCGAGGAAGCCCUGCGCCUGAAGAGCGAGAUGAGCUUCCCGGUCGUCGCCGCCCGAGUCGGCCAGCGCGACCGGAUCGGCUCCAUGGCCUCCUACUCGGUCGCCUCGGAGAGGGAGUUUCCCCGCGAUCCCCAUACCGUCAGCUCGUCUAGCUCCACCCUGGUGAUGGAGCUGGAGCUGCUCAAGCAAGAAAAUGCCGAGCUGAGGAAGGAAGUGAGCGCGCAGACCUCAAUGCUCACGUCCCGAAACCGGGAAAAGGAGCGGCUGUACCAGGAAAUCGAGGAGCUCAAGCUGGGCCAACGCCGGGAUGGAAAUCGAUCGGUUGCGGGCGAUAGCAUCUUCGAUCGCUCGGCGUCCCGAGCGCAUGGCCGACCCUCGUCGCGCGCCAGCGAUGGGACAGGCCACUCCCCGAGCGACGAUGCAGAGCGGGAGGACCUGGAGACGCGGGUGGGCCAGUUGCGUGACCAGGUUUCGGCCCUCAAGCUGGAGAACCAAGCAAUCCGGGAGCAGAUGGAUGACACCGUCCGGGACUACGAAGCGCUGGACAAGGCGUAUCAGGCCGAUGUCGACCAGGCGGAAGAGGAGAUGCAGAACCUCCAACAGGAACGCGACCAGGCCUUGCAGAUGGCCGAUGAGCGCGACGAAGCUUUCCAGGACCUCCGGGCGGAGGCUCAGGAGGAGCUGGAUGCCCUCGGAGACGAGCUCGAUCAGAAGGUGGAGGAGUGCCAGCGGCUGGGUGAGGAAUUGCGAGUGCAGGACGAAAAUCUCCGGGCAUUACAAGCGGAAAUGCGGUCCGCCAGCGAGGGCAUUAUCCGGCUCGAAGAAGAUGCGCAAAACAACCUCCAGCGGUACAAGGCCGUCCAACAGGAACUGGAGGACUGCAACCGGGAGAUGGAGUCGCUGGAGAAGGGCCUCUACGAAGCCAACACCAAGGUUCAGCGGUUGACCGUCCAGAUCGAGUCGAGCCAGAACGAGAUCGCGUUCCUGCGCGAGGAGCAAGACGGCGACAAGAUCAAGAUUGGAGAUCUGGAGUCGGAACUCAAGACCUACCGGAUGAGCCUGCAGAGCGAAAGGGACAAGGCGCGCGAUCUCGAAGAACGGUUGGCCGAGGAACGGCACCAGCGCGAGGUCGUCGGCAGCAAAGAGAAGCAAGAGGUGCAGCGGAUCGUCAACGAACUGAACCGCGAGGCAUCGACCGCCAAGGAGGAAGCCCGCAAGCUCAAGAAGAAUCUGUCGGCGCAAGAGAUCGAAGCCGCCACCUGGAAGGAACGCCUAAUGGACCUUGAGAACAACCUGCGGGAGACGCUGGGCGAUCUCACGGGCAGCCGGUCCAGUCUGAUCUCCAACAUCAUGAAACUGCAGAAGGAACUGGAGUCGACGGCGUUGGAGCUCGAGAGCACUCGGUCCAAGCUCGACGACAAGGAGUCGAUUCUGCGCAACCGCGAUGCGCUGCUGGAAAGCCACGGGCUGGAGUCGCGCAAGCUGGCCGAGCUGCUCGAGCGCGAGCGCCAUGCGCGCCGGGCUGACAAGCAGUCGUUCGAGCAGGCGCUGAAGUCCCACCACCAGGCAUCUCGCACCAUCACGCAGAACAACUCGCGUAUCUCGGAGCUGGAGAGCGCGCGGAACCAGGACCGCAAACGCUUCACCACGCUCGAGCAGCAGUUCCGGGACCAGCUGAGCGAGCGGAACGUGAUGCUCCUGAACAUCUGGAAACGGCUGUCGGCCAUGUGCGGGCCGGACUGGGCGCAUUCGAACAGCCUGAUCAACGGCAACCUGCCCAGCCAGGAGGUCAUCGGCAACAUCCUCUUCUGGCCCGGGUUCAGCCGCAACCUCCUGCUCGCCGUAAAGACGGUCGAGAGCGUGAUCUCGGGGUUCAAGUCCCGCAUCAAGGGCGUCGAGCGGGACCUGACCAAGCAGUACCAGAUGCUGGAGCACACCUUCAGCCUGCGGGUCAAGAAGCUCGACCGCCUCGAGGAGUCGAUGAUGAGCAUGCGCGCGCAGCAGCACAGCCGCAACCAGUCCGGGAUGUCGCCGGAGAUGGCGAAGCUCCGGGGAGAGAACCGGCUGUUGAAGGCGGAGCUGAACCUGCUGCAGUCUCAUUCCCGCAGUCGGGGGCCGCCACCAACCUCUGCCGCCGCCGCCGCCGUCGCCGCAGGCAUCGCAUCCAACUCCCCGCGUUCGCCCACACGCACUCUCAGCCUGGACCCGGGUGCAGAGGCGGAGCCAGCAUCCUUGAUCCGCCACCAUUCGGCGAUCGAGAAACCCACUCCGCCGCGCGGCCUGACGCGGAGCGCAACCACCGGCAUCCCCCAGCCCUCGCAUGUUUCCUCAACCACCUCAACAAUGACUCUCGCCGAUGGGCCGGGGGCCAUGGUGCAAGCCUCUCGGUCUCGGCACAUGUCGGCGGACCCCAGCAACGAGAAGUGGAUCCAACGGUUGCAUGAGCUGGAGAAGCGAUUGAAGGCUGAGCGGGAGGCUCGCUUGCUGGACCGCAGCGGGGCGCGGCGGCGGCUGGAGGAGCGAGAUGCCGAGAACCAGAGGCUUCGCGCGCAGCUCGAGAGACAGCGCAUGUGUAAAGAACUGUCCGCCGGCACAUCGACGGACGACGAGAUCCGCGGGGCGGGUCAAGGACGGCUUGAGGGCUCAGACCCGGGCACGAGCGAUGGAUAUGAUCGCCGACGGGACGAGGAGCUGAGCUCGAGCGAGGGAGAGGGUAUCUACGUGGACAUUGAGGUUUGA